CCCAUUGGCCGCCGUAUUCUAUCACUCCCCUGUCCAUUGGCCGUGGCCACGCCCACUCUCCUGCUCAUAAGCCGCAGCUUCCAGUCACUGUUACACCCAGCCCCGCCCUCUCUCCGUCUCAUAGGCCGCAAUGCCCCGUCACUCAACUAUCUCCAGCUCCGCCCACAGCACGCAGCCUCCCGUCACUCAGCCAUCAUUAGCCCCGCCUACUCUCUGUCCCCGGCUCCCUGUUACGUCAUUAUCAGAGCUCAGACUCAUUCCCACAAGGCAGCAGGAGCAGAGAGCAGCCAUUGCUGUGUCUGGCAGCAGAGGUGUGAAGAAGACAUCUGGUGAGCGUGAGACACCCAGCAGCCAUGCUCAUGUGUCAGGAGGACUGAGCAGGUCCCAGAGCACCAUCAUGGUGCCUCCACCUCACUCACUGAUACAUGAGAGACACAGUGACCAGAAGAUCCAGGAACUCACCAACAAGAUCAUUCCACUGCUGACUGGAGAGGAGGAGGAGUAUAUAGAGGAACACAGGGGUCUGUAUAAGGACGUGAUGAUGGAGAAUCACCGGCCUCUCACAUCACUGGAUGGACCCAGUAACAGAGAUACCCCAGAGAGAUGUCCCCGUCCUCUGUAUUCCCAGGACUGUACAGAGGAGAAUCACAGUAUCCCACAGGAGGAUCAGGUAGAACGUCUGUCUGAUAUUAAAACAGAAGACAUAGAAGAAGAAGAAGUGACUGAUAUAAAGGAAGAAGAUAUAGAGGGAGAAGAAGAGACGUAUGUGACUGAUAUAAAGGCAGAAGAUACAGAGGGAAAAGAAGAGACGUAUGUGACUGAUAUAAAGGCAGAAGAUAUAGAGGGAGAAGAAGAGACGUAUGUGACUGAUAUAAAGGCAGAAGAUAUAGAGGGAGAAGAAGAGACGUAUGUGACUGAUAUAAAGGCAGAAGAUAUAGAGGGAGAAGAAGAGACGUAUGUGACUGUUAUAAAGGCAGAAGAUAUAGAGGGAGAAGAAGAGACGUAUGUGACUGUUAUAAAGGCAGAAGAUACAGAGGGUGAAGAAGAGACGUAUGUGACUGAUAUAAAGGCAGAAGAUAUAGAGGAAGAAGAACAGACGUAUCUGAAGGGUGAUCAGCAGUGUAAGGAGGAGGAAAUCCCUACAGAUAUCAGCACAGCAGAUGGACACACAAGCAGGAAUAUCUCAGAAGGACAUCUAAUGUUAUCCCCGGAUUGUGACAUAAAAGAUAAUGACAGUAGACAGGAUUCUCCAGGAGAUAACCCCAUUACCCCAAUUAUACAUCCAGCUCUAUCAGCUGAUCCCCCUGAUCCUGGGAAAUGUUCUCCUGAUCACUCUGAUAUUGGUGCAUCUGUUACAGCUCUGACAGUAGAUACAGUGUUUCCCUGUUCUAUAGAUGCCAAAUGUUUUACACAGAACACAAAGCGUAUUAACCCACAGACAGGUAAGGCAAGUGAAAGGCCACUGAUCUGUUCUGAGUGUGGGAAAUGUUUUACAUACAAAUCACAUCUUGUUAUACAUCAGAGAAGUCACACAGGUGAGAGGCCACUGACGUUCUGAGUGUGGGAAAUGUUUUGCACGGAAAUCACAUCUUGUUAUGCAUCAGAGAAGUCACACAGGUGAGAAGCCGUUUCCAUGUUCUGAGUG